CUCCAGCUCUUUCCCACCAUGAGUCGGCAGCUGCGCGUCAAGGCUGCAGGUGACACCGGUGGCUUCAGCGGGCGCUCGGCAGCGGUGCUCGGGCAGGCUGCGGGCCCUGCGGCUUCUUACCGCGCAGCUGGCAAAGGGCCUGGGGCCGGCUUCGGCUCUCAGAGCCUCUACAGUCUCGGAGGGAAUCGGCGUAGUUCCCUCGGCGGGGCUGCUGGUGGGGUUCGGACCGCGGGCUCCAGCUUUGGGCCUGGCCCUGGGUAUGGACGCGGCCGGGCCACUGGCUUUGCCGGCAGCAUGUUUGGCAGCAUGGCCCUGGGGCCCGUGUGCCCGUCCGCGUGCCCGCCUGGGGGCAUCCAUCAGGUCACCGUCAACAGGAGCCUCCUGGCCCCCCUCAACGUGGAGCUGGACCCCGAGAUCCAGAGAGUGCGCACCCAGGAGCGGGAGCAGAUCAAAGCUCUGAAUAACAAGUUUGCCUCCUUCAUCGACAAGGUGCGGUUUCUGGAGCAGCAGAACCAGGUGCUGGAGACCAAGUGGGAGCUGCUGCAGCAGCUGGAUCUGAACAACUGCAGGAAGAACCUGGAGCCCAUCCUCGAGGGCUACAUCGGGAACCUGCGGAAGCAGCUGGAGACGCUGUCGGGGGACAGGGUGCGGCUGGACUCGGAGCUGAGGAGCGUGCGGGACGUGGUGGAGGACUACAAGAAGAGGUAUGAGGUGGAGAUUAAUCGUCGCACGGCAGCAGAGAACGAGUUUGUGGUGCUCAAGAAGGAUGCAGAUGCAGCCUAUACGGUCAAGGUGGAGCUCCAGGCCAAAGUAGACUCUCUGGACAAAGACCUCAAGUUCCUCAAGUGUUUGUAUGAUGCGGAAAUAGCCCAGAUUCAGACUCAUGCCAGCGAAACCUCCGUCAUCCUGUCCAUGGAUAACAACCGGGACCUGGACCUGGACAGCAUCAUCACCAAGAUCCGAGCUCAGUACGAGGAGAUCGCCCUGAAGAGCAAGGCCGAGGCGGAGGCGCUGUACCAGAGCAAGAUCCAAGAGCUGCAGCUGGCAGCAGGCCGGCACGGUGAUGACCUCAAACACACCAAGAACGAGAUGUCGGAGCUGAACCGGCUCAUCCAGAGGAUCCGGUGUGAGAUUGCGAAUGUAAAGAAGCAGUGCGCCAACCUGGAGACGGCCAUCGCCGACGCCGAGCAGCGGGGCGACUGUGCCCUGAAGGACGCCCGGGCCAAGCUGGACGAGCUGGAGGCCGCCCUGCACCAGGCCAAGGAGGAGCUGGCCCGGAUGCUGCGCGAGUACCAGGAGCUCCUGAGCCUGAAGCUGGCCCUGGACAUGGAGAUCGCCACCUACCGCAAGCUGCUGGAGGGCGAGGAGUGCAGGAUGUCUGGUGAGAAUCCGUCCUCUGUGAGCAUCUCCGUCAUCAGCAGUGGUGGAAGCAGCUACUACCGCCCCGACCCUUCCACCGGUGCCGACGCCGGGGCUGGCAGCGUGGCAGGCGGCUCCGGCAGCGCUUGGGCCAGGCAGACCAGGGCCAAAGGGGCACGAGUGGGAGACCUCAAGGACCCCCAGGACCUCAAGGGCAAGAGUGCACCUGCCAGCGCCCCAGCCCGGAAAGCCGCCCGAUAAGCCCCGAGGACCCACUGCCCCCAGCACCUGGGAGAAGGGAUGCCCUUGCUGCCACCCACCCUGGCGUUGUCUGCUGUCCCCCACCCCCACCCCGGAGUCCUGGGACUGUCUAUAGUGCACUCAGCCACCGUGCCGUGGCUCACCUCACUGUCCAGCUCGGACUGGCCCCAUCGCCUCUCUGUCUCCUCAGGUCCCGUGUGGACCCUGUGACUUCUCGUUUUCCCUACCGCCUUCAGUUGGCAGGAGGCUUUGAGACCCAGGCUAUAAUGAGUCUCUGGGCCCCGGGAAGCUAUGGUCCUCCCCCGAAGGAGAGGAGAAGAGGGAGAGGAGAGGGAGGGGAGGAGGAAUAGUCUUGCUCUGCACUUAGGCCAAGCCAGCAGCUCUGUGGGGGUUGGGGGGGUCCCACCUCCGGCUUCAGGGGUCAGCCUUGGAGAUGUGCGCCCAGGAGGCAACUGGUCAGCCAGGCUUUGCCUGUCCCCUCAGAAAGGACUUUGCAAAACAACACCCUUAUUUAAGCAGAAAAAGGGCAUACUCUCAGCUGUACCCAUCUUCACAAAGCCAAGUGACAGGGAACUGGGGGCUUUCCUGCCACCUUGUGUCACCUGCCCACUCCUCUAUUACUGGUAAGAGCUACCACCGUAGGUUAAGCAGCUGUGACGUGCCAGGCUCCCUGCAUGUGUCGUCCCUCCUGCUUACCCAGUCUGCAGGGUGGCUGCAACCAGCAUCCUCAGGACACCAGAGAAACCCCAGCCUCUGAAACUCAUGCCCACCCCAUGUCCUCCUUGCCUCUCCCCAGACAUUGUCAUGGAGAGAGAGGGUUGCAAAUGUGCACUUGGGGGCCAGGCAGCCCAAGAAUCUCCAGGAAGUCACCCACCAAGUGCCAGGGCCCAGAGUUGAGCCCAAAUCUGGCUGGCUCCAGGGCCUAUAUUCUUCCCACGGCCUAUCACUGCCUCUGUAACAAAGGGAAUUUGUUCAAACGCACGAUUAUUUUGAUGAGGGCAGCAGGACUAUGUUGCCUUUCUGUCACUUCCUGUGGCUGUGAGCUGUGUUCAGUGAGGGGAGCUUGAUCUAUCUCUGGCGGUGCUGCUCAGCCCAGAAAUCACGGCUCUUGAUGUAAAUAUUCCUAAGAAUGGCAACACCCAGUCCCUCCUUUGCUUGUGUUAAGGACUCUGGAUUUCUGCUGUAUAUUCAAUAAACUGCCCUUUGGUGA